UGCAAACGUUCAUCUGAGAGACUGUAAUGCAAGAGGUUGAAGGAUACGCUGCGUUAUUUAAUUCUGGAGAAUCAGUAACGACAAGUUGACAAGAUACCACUAAUCACAACGAAAGUAACUUACUUAACUGGCGGGAGACUACCGCUGAGGCUCCUAAUGGAUGAUGAGGAGGGGGACAUGCCUCUUCAGCGUCCAGCCUCACAGUGCUGGGGCACCCCCUUCAGGGACAUCAAGUGUCACACCAUGGACAGCAGAGGGUCCAGAGACGCCGGGGACAGAGGGGACACCCGGGACAGGUCUACACAGAUGUCGACCGGCCCCAAUGCCAUUGUCCCGCGGUCAGAGGGACACAACAUCAUGGUUCCACAAGGGCACAACAACAACACUUUGCCCUGUGGGUUGCAGGACAACCACCAGGCCAUAAAGUGCCUCCAUGGCAAUGCUGGAUUCUGUUUGCACUUCCCAGCUCAGUUUGAGCCUAUGGACGAUCCGGGUGAGAGGCAGAAUGAUGAGGGGGAGGGUAGGAGAGAGGACGACGACAAUGAGGAGGAGAGAAGGAGAAUGGAGGAGAGACUAGAUGAAGAGCGGGUGGAGGAUAGCACGGAGGUCAGGAUCGGACGUAAGCUCCGGGAGAUCGGAGACCAGUUCCACCAGGACCAUGUUCAACUGUUCCUGCGGCAUCAGAGGGAUGUCCUGCCAGUCUGGAUGCAUCUCACGAUGGCCGUCUAUGGCUUCCUGUUUAACAGAGGGCCCCCUGCCAUACCCCGUCUGAGAGGACAGGAGAGAUGAGGGAGUACCUCGCACAAAAACCCUCCACCCGUCUCAGAGGCCCCCCCUCCCCCCCCGACCAAAACGAGGGACCAGACUUUUAGAUGGCACUGUGUGAUGGAACGCGGGUUUGGAUUCCUUUUUUGUUGUUUUUGUUUUUUAAAUCAAAGAUGAAGAAGAGAAGAACUGGUUCCUGCUGGAUGGAGACUAGAAUCAUCUCUCCGUCCCUCUCUCUCUCUCAGCCAUGCUGUUGGAAGACAGAUAUUUUCUAAAAUAAUUGUAAAAUAUAAAACAAUUAUUAUUAUUAUUAUUUUUUAUAUAGAUGAGAGAGGUCCCUUCAAGAGAAGACUUUAUGGACACUUUAUGGUGAACUUCUACUCACUCACUCACUCACUCACUCUACCACGAACUUGACAAACUUCCAAUGUAUUUUCUGAACUAGCAAAACUCCACGUUAUCUCGAUGUUUCACACUGGUCUAUAUUUAAAAGAAUAGAAAAAAUGGUUGUGAUUUAAUGACUCUGGUGGUGGGGUCGUCAAGACGAGCGCUGUCAGCAUACGUGACUUGACGAUCUCUGGUGUAGAUUGAGCUUCGUUGUGUUAUCCUGUGUCUUUCACUGGUGCCGUCCACCAGCAAUUCAGUCUGAAGUGGUUUUAAGAUUCAGUCUGUAUGAGAUGAAUGACAGGUCUGUUUUUUUAUUUAAAUUAUCAACAGGAAGAAUGCAUGUAUAAUUUAACAUAUGUGUUCUGAACGAUCCUAAGAUUAUAUAGGUCUGUCAAAGUUGAGGGCAACUUUUGAUUAAAUUCUUAACAGAGAAAA